GGGCAACGUUUCGCACAUACCUGCAGUACACAACUGGAGGCGAACUUCGCUAACGGCCUCGUCUUUUCAAGAAUUGAAUCAUGAAAGUGUAUCAUGACAGUAUGGGCUCGCAACUACCUGUAGCAACCGCACUACUGUGCCUAAUGAGCUGUGUGUCAUCCCUGGAAAUAGACAAGACAGACGGCGGCUACAAGGACCUGUUGAUAUCGAUCAACAAGGACGUGCCCUACAAUGAGUCCAUCGUGGAGAACAUCAAGAGCCUGCUCAGAUCUUCGUCCGAAUUCCUGCACCGGGCAACAAACGGCCGCGUGUACAUCAAGCGCGUCACCAUCGACUUCCCGAAUACGUGGCCUCAGAGAAACGUUUCACGACGCGUGUCCUCGAGCUCCUUCGAGAAGAGCGACGUUCGUGUCAAGGUUCCUGGGUCACUCGCGGAAAACAGACCUUUCACGAGGCAAAUGAGACCCUGCGGUAAGCCCGGAGACUACAUCCAAUUAACGCCCACAUUCCUCAGCGAGCUCCAUGCGUCAACAAUGAAGACGUUCAAAAACCCAGCGUACGUGUUCGUGCAUGAGUGGGCCCAUUACCGGUACGGAGUGUUCGACGAGUACGGCAGCCAGGAUGACAACCAGUACCCGCUUACCUACUGCGAAGGCAGGGCGGUCAAACUGAAUUCAUGCUCGGAGAAGAUUCGCUUCAUCCCAAGACAGGUGUCUGGAGGAAGGUGUAAAUUUAACCCCAAGACCUGCAAAUUUCCUAAGGACUGCUUGAUUGAGUUUUUGCAGUCGCCGGAGGAUCCCGUCGAAUCGUCAAUCAUGUUCAUGCCUUAUAUCACCAACGUGAGCCAGUUCUGUGAUUCCGACAAUGGAACGCGCCGGCACAACCGUCUUGCUCCUAACAAGCAAAAUGCGAUCUGCAGGGGGAAGUCCACGUGGGAAGUCAUCAGCGAGAAUGAAGACUUUAAGAACCUUCCCAGGCCCGACAUGUCCAAAAGCAUCGAGGUGUCAUUUGAAGAGACGCAACAGAGGGAGCAUCUGGCCCAGCGGGUUGUUCUGGUUCUCGAUGUCUCGCAGAGCAUGGACGACUACGACCGGAUGACGUUCCUGAAAGAAGCGGCGACCCGAUACAUCCAGGACAUUGCGGAUGGCUCGAAGCGGCUGGCCAUCAUUACGUUCAGUAACGAUGCGGCGGUCCGUCACACCCUGAUGCCUGUGAACGUAAACACCAGGCAGAGCUUCCUGAAUACGGUGAAACAGUUGCGCACCGUCGGGGCGACGUGCAUUGGCUGCGGCCUCCUGCGAGCCCUGGAGGUACUGAGGACUCCCGACGAGACACCGGAAGGCGGCAUCAUCGUGUUGAUGAGCGACGGCACUGAAAACAGGGCUCCUUACCUCAAUGACGUCAUGCCGCAGUUGACGGCCGCCAAGGUGGAAAUCAGCACGUUGGCGCUGGGGUCCAAGGCCGAUGAUAAGCUCGAGAAGUUGGCCACGGCCACCCGUGGAAAAGCGUUCUUCUUUCAGGACCUCCAGGGCGACACCGCGCUCCGCAUGGAGACAGCCUUCGUGGAAGCCACCGUCGCACAGACCGGUGCAGACAAAGAUUACGUCACGCUCACUGACGUCGAAAAGGCUUUUACGGGCAAGUUGGAGGAAAAGUUCGUGCUCGAACCUUCUUUGGGAAACAACACUGUCGUCGCCGUCGAACGAGUGAGCCGUGAGGUCGCUAACAUGACAGUGACCCUCAUCGAUCCCAGUGGCAAAGAAUGCCACAAGUGCGCAGUCCACGGCGACGCGGGAACGAAGAAAAUCGUCGUACCCAGCCCGGCGCAGUCCGGUGAGUGGACGCUUCGCGUGCACAGCUCCGGUUCGCGCAAGAUGGCGGUGAACGUCCGAAUCAAGUCCCAAGGCAGGGACCCCAAGGACGAGCCCAUUCGGGUCACGUGCCAAAUGGGAAGCCUGGAAGUUGGGAAACCUGAUGAAGCGAUCAUCUACGCCGACGUGAGUAAAGGUGCGAACGUUGUCCUCGACGCCACGGUCGUUGCUGAGGUCACCGGCCCGAACCCACCACACAAGUCUACGGUACCACUUCAUGAUGACGGCCAUGAUCCUGACAUCGGGGCCAAUGAUGGCACUUACAGCGGAUACUUUGUCCAGUUCACGGGCAAAGGGAGGUACACUGUAGCGGCUCACGUUUCGAGCGAUCACCGCGCUCGACUAAGCGUUCCGAAGAUUGUUUCUGGCAGCUUCUUCAGCACCCCUGUGUUUACAUUGGAAUCCGACACAUCGGGACGAAACGCCGAGCCGGACUACGAAUACUCGAUCGACGACUUCGAAGUCGAUGACUCGACCGAAGAAGAGGCAAACCAGACAUCGGCGGGUGCCGAGCCAGUAGGCGCAUUCCAGAGGGUGGCGUCUGGAGGGUCCUUCCGGGUGACCGAACACAUCGUGCAGAGUCAGGUGCCCCCAGGUACCAUCGGCGAUCUCACCGUAGUCGAACCGCGCCCAGGAGCGAACGACACGUUGCAGUGGCAACUCGUGUGGACCUGGCCCGGAGCUCACUUAACAUCGGGAAAUGAUGUGGGAUACGAGGUGUUCCUACCAGCAGCGAAUGAUGCUCUCUCGCUGCGCUUCGAGCUGCUGCCGCAGUGGCUGAAGCGACUGGGAUACACCACGCACAUGGUGGGAAAGUGGCACUUGGGGUACAAGAGUCUCGAGCACACACCGACCUGGCGUGGCUUCGACACGUUCUUCGGCUACUACAACGAGGACGUCCAUUAUUUCAACCACACAAAUGAAUAUAACGGACACUGCGGCUUGGACUUUUGGCGCAACGUCGGUCAUUCAACGCAAGCUGCCACCGACCUCAACGGCACCUACUCGACGAACGCGUUCACUGACGAGGCCAAGCGAAUCAUCGCCGAACAUGACGUUCGAAAGCCCCUGUUCCUAUACAUGAGCCACGAAGCCGGUCACACCGCUUGCAGCUACUGCACCGCAGAGGCGCCCAAGGAGAACGUGGACCACUUCACGUACAUCGCAAACUACAACAGAACUGUUUUGGCGGGCGCUUACGAGGUCAUGGACCGUUCCGUCGGGGAACUGUUGGCCGCGCUGCAGUCUCGCGGCAUGCUCGCCGACAGCCUGGUGGUGUUCACCAGCGAUAACGGCGGCGCGCCACUGGCCUCGUCAGCCUUCGAGUACACCAACGCUGGCUCCAACUGGCCCCUCCGCGGGGUCAAGCAGGAAGUGUGGGAAGGGGGCGUGCGGACGCCGGCGGUGCUGUGGUCCGGACGCCUCAGUGGAAGCUUGCCCCGAGCCCCGUCGCAGCAAGUGGUGCACAUCUCCGACUGGGCGCCCACGCUAUACGCAGCCGCAGGUGGCGAUCCUAAAGACCUUGGUGACGUGGACGGCAGGAACUUGUGGGAUGUGCUUUCCACCGGCAGAGGCAAGGGACGCGAAGAGGUGCUCCUGGAAAUAGAAGGCAAGCUAGGAAUGACAGCCCUCAUCUCCGGCAGGUACAAGCUAAUCAGCCGACCCAGCGGGCCAAAUGACCCGCAGCUCGACGUUCAAGUAGCACCACCGCCAGGGCAACCUCCGCAGGACCUCGACCUGGACGCCCUCGUGACGUCAUCGGCAGCCUGGCAGGCGCUGCAGAACGCCUCCAUCGACGCCGGCGGGCGAAGCCAAUCUUCGCCGAGACCCAACUGGCGCCAAGAGGCAACGCUCAACUGCAGCGGCAGCGGCGCCUCGGCGAACAGCGACAGCGCGCAGAGCAACUUCGAUCCGUACGACACAGUCUUCGUGUUUGACAUCUUCAGCGACCCGUGCGAGCGUAACAACCUCGCAUCGUCUAAUACUGAGCUGCGUCAUAGGCUCCUCGACAAGCUGGCCGCAUACCGGAAAGCCAUUUCACCUCGACCGAGCGGCUUCGAAACCGACGAGCGUGGCUACCCGGAGCAUCACCGCUGCCUCUGGUCGCCCUGGAUACGCGUAAAGCCGGCGCCGUACCAGAACUGCUCCUGCUGAAAAGGCUGCCGAGGAACAGCGUUCCAGGCCGCUGCCAACAUAGCAAAUUACCCGCCCCAAGAAGGUUCCGCCACCGCGUGCCGCGGCGGCGGAAGUGUGAACUACAGACCGAUUUCCUUAGCCUCUAGUUGCAGUAAACUUUUAGAGCGUGUCAUCUACAAACAUAUUAUUGAGUUUCGUGAGGCCAACAAUAUUUUAACAGUCUUCCAGCAUGAAUUUCGCAGUGGCCUCAGCACCAUUACGCAAACAUGUGAACUUGCUCAUGACAUCUGCCACGCACUUAACCUAGGCCUUCAAAUUGUUUCCGUAUUCGUAGACUUUUCCAAAGCCUUUGAUACAUUUGCACAUUCCAAGCUUCUGCAUAAACUAGAUAGCAUUUUAAAUAAUCCUAGCCUAGUUACUUGGAUCUCUAGUUUUCUCUCAGAUAGGUCGCAAUACGUAUGUUUCGAUUCUGCGAAAUCGGCUACGGUAGCCGUUACCUCUGAUGUUCCGCAAGGCUCUGUUGUAGGCCCGCUUCUCUUCCUCCUGUAUAUAAAUGACCUACCUACGAACGUGCUACCAACUAAAAUCCGUCUUUACGCCGAUGACUGCGUUAUCUAUCGCACAAUUACCAGUCAUGAAGAUCACGCCAUUCUGAAUAAAGCAUUUUCGAACUUUUGUACUUGGUGCAACGAGUGGCAGAUGAAGAUCAACUUUCUCAAAACUGACUCUAUGUCCUUCUCGACACGUACUACACAACUGCGUCUUCCUUAUUGUUCCAAUGGUAUUCUUCUAGAAAACGUUUCUGAAUAUAAGUAUCUUGGCAUUCCUUUUCACACACGAUUUAUCCUGGUCCAAACAUAUUGAAGCAACCUGUUCUAAAGCGCUAGCAUGUCUUGGCUGCAUAAAGCGUUCUCUGCGCUCAGCCCCCAAUGAAACAAAAUGUGUCACUUAUAAAACCCUAGUGGGGCCCAUCUUCGGUUACCGAUGUGCUGUUUGGAAUCCAUACCUGAAAUCAGACAUAAAAUAACUCGAAUCCGACCAAAAAAAGCUAUUCGAUUUAUACACCGGCGUUACGACAAGGACUUCUCCCCCUCUCCUAACCUUCCCUGCUUGAACCUCUCUUCGCUAGUAGAGCGGCGUAAUGUAGAAAGUCUUAAACUGUUUUACACCACUACUAACUCUGAACGUUGCUCAUCCUUGGAAUACAUUAAGUUUGCUAAAGCGUCUAACAGCGGAAUUUUCAUCCACUAAAUAUAACACCCCUGUACGCCCGCACUGACGAAUUCAAAUAUAGUUUUUUUCCCCGAUCCAUUGAAUUUUGGAACCAGCUUCCCCCUAACAUACGAAAACUGACACCUGAUAAUUUUCUUAAAGCAAUCACUGGUUCAUGCCCAUGAUUCCUAGGACCAUGCAUUAUAUACCAUGUUUAUAUGCAUAUUGUAUGUAUUGAGGUCAUUUUCUUCUUUUUCAUAUUUUUCGCUAGUGGUUUGCUGUGUGCCUUGUACCUUUGAUUUGUGUACCCCCUUUUGAUGUGUGUGUGCCCCAGUAAAUUUUGUACCCC